AUCCCAAGCAAAGAACUCUUUUUUCUUAAACCCGUCUCUCCUCUUUGUGCUGAACUUGUUAUUAUAUUGCCUUAUCAUUGUUUGAUAUGGAGCUUCAGUUGGGUCUCGCCCUUUCAUACAAUCCCAUCAACGAGUUCGGCUUCAAGAAAUACGAUUACCAGCCCAAGGAAGUUUUGGGUUCAGAGUUAUGGAGCCACUCCAGCUGUUCGAGUUCGCCAAGGAACAAAAGCAACAAGCGUAGUUUCGAUGAGGCCUUCGAGAAGCUCAAACCCGUAAUUCGAACUCUACCUCUAUUCUCGUGGAACGACAAGCCAAACGACGACGACGACGACCCUAAUGGCCUCGAUAAGAGCAGCUCCACAUGCUCCUUGAACAAGAGUGAAGAAGAGGAAGACUGUGUCGUGGGGUGGCCACCCAUUAACUCUUGGAGGAAGAAGCUUCAUUGUCAGCCUCAAGAUGGUGAGGUUGAGAGUGAUCAGAUUCGGAGAGAUGAGAAUUCUUCCCGUGGACCCAAGUCCAAGUACGUCAAGAUGAAGAUGGAAGGCGUGGCCAUAGGAAGAAAAGUCGAUCUCAGCCUCCAUAGCUCUUAUGGGACUCUUACAAACACCUUGUUGAGCAUGUUCGGGAAAUGCCAGAGAAGUCUGCCGGAAUCCAAAGCAGGCACAGGACAUGAACGUUACACACUCGUCUAUCAAGACAGAGAAGGAGACUGGCUGCUUGUAGGAGAUGUGCCAUGGGAAAGUUUCAUAGUGUCGGUGCAACGUCUGAAGCUGCUGAAGAAUGGAGGUUAAUUGGGUUGCCAGUCGCCAACUGUCUGAACCAUUUCACUUAGGAAACCCUAUAUGGUUAUGGACUUAUGGUCAUGUAUGAAUGUAUAAAAGGGCAGUGCAGAAGGAGAGCAAUAAGCUUGUCAAGAGACUGAUUAGUGGCCUUGAAAGUUUUCAGGAAUCAGGACUCAAGCUUUGUGUAGCUCUCUCUUAUCUUGUAUUACUUGAAGGAAGAAAGAUUCCAGGACUACUAGUGCGUCAAACAAAAUGAUGAUUUUGUGUAACUUUUUCUUUUAAUUGUGCUUAGCUGCAAAUAGCUUUGUAUGACUUUAGUUUAACAUGCUUUAUGACCAAGACUAACAAUUAAAGAUUUUACUCA